AAUGAGUCUACUUUGAAGGAAUUGUCAGGAACAGCAAAUUUGUUGACCACAAGUGGCUCAGAGCAGACUCAGAAACCAGUGCCCCCUCCUGGAGAAGCAAGUCCCUCUGGACAGCACCCUAGAUCGAAAUUGGACCUCAGGAGAAAGGAGAUCGAAGUGAAGAUGUAUAGCCUACGAGAGAGGAAGUGUUGUGUCUACCAAGAGGUCAGCGAGCCCCAGGACGAUGACUACCUAUAUUGUGAGAAGUGUCAGAACUUCUUCAUUGACAGCUGUGCUGUGCAUGGGCCUCCUACGUUUGUAAAAGACAGUGCCGCGGACAAGGGGCAUGCCAACCGCUCAGCCCUCACUCUGCCCCCUGGGUUGAGAAUCGGACCAUCAGGCAUCCCUGAGGCUGGGCUUGGAGUGUGGAAUGAGGAAUGUGAUCUGCCCGAGGGCCUGCACUUUGGCCCUUAUGAGGGUGAGAUCACAGAAGAUGAAGCCACAGCCAACAGCGGCUACUCCUGGCUGAUCACCAAAGGGAGAAACUGCUAUGAGUAUGUGGAUGGAAAGGAUACAUCUCAGGCCAACUGGAUGAGGUAUGUGAACUGCGCCCGGGAUGACCAAGAACAGAACCUGGUGGCCUUUCAAUAUCACAGGCAGAUUUUCAACCGAACCUGCCGGGUCGUGAGGACGGGCUGUGAGCUGCUGGUCUGGUAUGGAGAAGAGUAUGGCCAAAAGCUGGGCAUCAAGUGGGGCAGCAAGUGGAAGACAGAGCUUGUGGCCGGGAGAGGUGGGACUCCUGACCGCGCCCCUCAGUCGCCCCCUGAGACCGCGCGAGCCGCCGCGCCCAGGGCCGCCUGCAGGGACGUGUCCAUCUACUUCUCCCGGGAGGAGUGGGCCCACUACUUCUCCCGGGAGGAGUGGGCGCAGAUGGGCGCCUGGGAGCGAGCCCGGCACCGGAACGUGAAGAGCAACUAG